CCAACGACGACGUCGUCGUCGUCGUCGUCCCUCCUGUCACUUAAUUAACUACUUCACUGUCAAGAAGUCAAUCCAUUCACUCAUCUUCAAUGCCGCCCCCUGCCAAGCAGAGAAAGGUUGCCAUAGUGGGCAGCCGCUCUGUCGGCAAGUCGUCGCUUGCAGUCCAGUUCGUCGACGGACACUUCGUCGAGAGCUACUACCCUACCAUCGAGAAUACGUUCAGCAAGGUGAUCCGGUAUAAGGGACAGGAUUACGCGACCGAGAUUGUUGAUACGGCGGGUCAGGAUGAAUACAGCAUCCUCAAUUCGAAGCACUUUAUUGGCAUCCACGGGUACAUGCUCGUCUACUCGGUGUCCUCACUCCCUUCAUUCGAGAUGGUUCAGGUGAUCCGCGAGAAGAUCUUGAACCACCUGGGCAGCGAUUGGGUGCCCAUUGUCAUCGUGGGCAACAAGAGCGACCUGCGCCCCGAGCAGCGCCAGGUCUCCAUCGAGGACGGCAAGAAGCUGGCGGAGAAGUACAAUUGCGGGUUCUCCGAGGCAAGCGCGAGAUACAACGAGAACGUGGGUAAGGCCUUCGAGGUUCUCAUCGCGCAGAUCGAGAAGUCGCAGAAUCCGAAUGAAGCACCGGCUGGGGGGAAGUGCAGUUUGAUGUGAUGUGAGGGUGGAAGGUGGAUGCGGAUAUGUGCUACGACUGC